AUGGAUAAAGAUUAUUUAAUUGAACUGGUGAGAKACAAUCCAGACUUGUGGGACCAGCGAACAAAAAACUACCAUAAUAGAGAUAGGAAGACCCCAGCAUGGAAUGCAGUUGGCGAAAAGCUAAGUGUAGAUGGAACUACAGCGCAGAAAAUGUGGCAAAAUUUGCGAGAUUCYUACCGGCGAAAAUUGAAGACGCGAUUAGAGAAAAAGAGUGGUGAUGGCGCUAAAAGAGAUGACAACUGGCCGUACUUUGAAGCCAUGGACUUCCUUCGAAACGUAUUGACUCCACGGGAAAGUUCUGGUAAUAUUCCAAGUGUUAACUUUGAAAACCUAGGGGACAAGUCAACUGCUGAUUCACUGACUGACAUCUUAAAUGUCAUACCCAAUUUAGCCCAUUCAUACUCAAUUACCUUCUUAAAGUACCACCUGGAUCCAAUUUUCUAA